UGGCGGCGGCGGGGAGAGCAAUGGAGGCCGCGGCCGCCUGAUGGGCGGGUGCGCUGCCGGUGCUGCUGUGGAGGCUGCCGGUGCCGCGGGGCAGCCGCCGGCUCGCUCGCGUCCGCCGCCCGCACGGGACCGCCGGUCGCCGUCCAGUCGCUCCGCCAGCCACGGCACCAGGCGGAGACUCAGGCGUUCUUGCGAUGGUUUUCCUGGUCCUGUAACCGUCAUUUCUUGCAGAGGUCUGUAGUGGUGAGAUUGGACCUCCUAACCCUACGGAUACGGCUCCCUGCCAGUGGAAGACAUACAGCAUUACUAAGAAGCGACUGUCUCCUGGAAUUUACAAUCUGCCUAAAAACAAGCAGUAAACAAUUACAAAGGUGAUCCAGAUUAAAGCUGAUGUUAACCACAGCCUAACCAGAGGAGGUGAGACUACAAACACCUGCUUUGUUGAAAAGGACAAAUUUGGAUCAGAGAGACCAGCCCUGCCCUGAAGUUCUCACCGGUUCACAAGAGCAGUGAUUCCCAGGUCUUCUCAGCAAUGUACUCCAUUUUCUGGUACGCUUAACCACUGAUCUCCUUUUUACAAGAAGAAAAUUUUGGUGGAGAGUUACCCAGCAAGGGAAGGACGUGUGGCUGUUAAGAUAGUAACAUUUAACAAAACCUUGGCCAUGGAGGAAAUUAAACUUAUACAGAAUGUCCAUAAUGAGACUCUGGGUGCUGUUAUUUCAGACAAGAAGAAAGGAGGUAAAUUCCAGCCUUUUAAGAAGUUGUUUGGCAGAAGGAAAAAGAAAGACACUUUGUGGUCCCAGGAGGCAUCAGCAGGGAAUAAGAGUCACUCUCCCCGGAGUGUCAGCAAUGGGAACUUCUCUUCAGAUGAGGAGACCCUGGAAGACAAUCUAAGGUCCUUCAACUAUUCUAUGGGAACCCGGGCAUUUUCCCAUGACAGUAUUUUUAUCCCUGAUGGGGGAGCAGAAAGUGAGCAGACAGUUCAAGCAAUGUCACAGGACAGCAUCCUGGGCAAAGUCAAAACUCUUCAGCAGCAGUUGAGCAAAAACAUCAAGUUUGGGCGGCCACCACCCAAUGCCAUUCCCAUGAAGAAGGCAGACAGUGGUGAGGCUAGCUUAGAAGAGGAUCUGUUCCUGACCAGUCCCAUGGAAAUUGUGACUCAAGAGGACAUCAUCCUCUCAGACACCGAGAACAAACCCAGUGACACUCCAAGUUCUCAGAGUCCUCCGAAUCGGCCUGGAGCCAGAAGUGAGAUGGAAGAGAAGGUGGCUCCAGUGAAACCAUCUCGGCCAAAAAGGCACUUCUCUUCUGCUGGAACCAUCGAAAGUGUCAACCUAGAUGCCAUCCCCCUGGCCAUCGCUUGCCUGGACAACAGUGCCGCCAAACACAAAUUGUCCGUAAAGCCAAAAAACCAGAGGGUGUCCAAGAAGCACCGGCGGCUUGCCAGGGAUCGACCAAAUGAACACGGUGGCCUUCCACAUCAGCCCUCCCUGGACCAGAACGGACACGCUGGAGAAGACAAGCCAAUUUGGCACGAAGAGGAACCAGAGCUGCUGGACUCCGAAGAAGAGAAGAGAUGCCAAGAAGAAUACUGGCUAGAACUUGAGGCCAAGUGCAAACGGCAGAAGGCUGAGGCAGCCGAGAGGAGACGUCUGGAAGAGCAGAGACUCCAGGCCCUGGAGAGGAGGCUUUGGGAAGAGAACAGAAGCCAAGAGCUCUUGGAGGAGGAAGGAGAGGACAAGCAGGGAGAGGAGACAGAACUGCAGCUGGAGGCAGAAAAAAGGCCACGCGAAGAGGAGAGGCAGGGACUGGGAGAGCAAGGUGGCCAAGGCCAAGAGCCGAGGGAGCAAGAAGAAGGAAGGCACCCGGAGGCCCAAGAGCAGGCGGUGUGCAGCGGGCAGGAGGCGGAGAAGCAGCGGCAGCUACAGGAGGAAAGCGAGCUGAAGGAGCUCAGGAGGCACGGGGAGGAGGAGCAGCGGCGGUGGGAGGAGGAGCAGCAGCGGCGGGAGGAGGAGCAGCAGCUGCAGGAAAGGGAGGAGCAGCGGCGGCGGGAGGAGCAGCAGCGGCGGCUGGAAGAGGAGCAGCGGAGGCUGGAGGAGGAGCAGCAGCGGAGGCUGGAAGAGGAGCAGCGGUGGCGGGAAGAGGAGCAGCUGCGUUUGGAAGAGGAGCAGCGGCGGCGGGAGGAGGAGAAGCGGCUGCUGGAAGAGGAACAGCGCCGGCGGGAGGAGGAGGAGCAGAGGGAAAGGGAGGAGCAGCGCCGGCGGGAGGAGGAGCAGCGAGAAUGGGAGGAGCAGCGGCGGCGGGAGGAGGAGCAGCGGCGGGAGGCGGAGGCAGCGGCCGAGGAAAGGGCGGAGCGGGGAAAGCGGGAGGAAGUGGAGGCCGCGAGGCGGCAGGAAGCGGAGCGUCGGGAAGCCGCGAGAGUGCGCGAGGAGAGGUGGCAGCAGCUGGACGACAAAACGGGUUUGAGCCCACAUCAGGUGGACUUGGCAGAGAAACCUGGGAAACGAGAGCACCACCUGCAGCCCGAGAAGCAACGGGAAAGCUCGGAGGAAUCCAGGAUUUGCGAGAAGCAGAGUCAGGAGGCCGAGGCAGCCGGCGAGCCGCAGGGACGGCGCGGGGCUGGUCCCGGGCAUGGCCGUCGUGCACGUCCGGAAGAGAGACCAGAAACUAGCGCGCAGCCUCCCCAGAAACACGAGGCGCAAGUGGAAGAGGCUCCCGGGGAGAGGAAGGACGCCGCCGCCCCGGAAAAAGACAGAAAGGGGGAGGAACUCCGGUGGCAGGAAGUGGACGAGAGGCAGAGCAUGCCCAGGCCCUACACCUUCCAGGUGUCAUCGGGAGGGAAACAGAUUCUCUUCCCCAGAGUCAAUCUGAGCCCAGUGACGCCCGUGAGAGAUGUGGGACUGGCCUCCGCUCCCCACGCGCCGAAGACCCCCCGAGCCAGCGCGGCCGCCCACGGCCUGCACUCCUCCCUGAGUGUCCCCCACACAGCCAUUCUGGUGACGGGCGCGCAGCUCUGCGGCGCGGCGGUCAACCUGAGCCAGAUCAAGGACACGGCAUGCAAGUCUCUCCUGGGCUUGUCAGAAGAAAAGAAGCACGUGGAUGUCUCUGCCCUGGAGAGCGCAGCCCGCGCGCCUGUUGAGCCCCGGGCCGGCAGCGGGAAGGUCAGGGCCCCCCAGGAGUCUCCGAGCAGUGUGGCCGCGCUAGCCGAGUGGGCGUCCAUUCGGUCCAGAAUCCUGAAGAGCGCGGAGGGUGAGCCGCGCAGCGAGAGGGGCCGGUCUCGGCCGGGUGAUGAGCACGCUCCCAGGGCCCGCAGUGAUUCCCGCGGGAACCUCCGGAAGACCCCCCCAGUAAGUGCGAAGUUCUCUAUUAUGCCUGCCUGGCAGAAAUUCUCUGACGGUGGCACCGAGACCUCCAGACAGAACACAGAAGCAGAGAGCAUGAGAAAAAGACCCUCGCCGGGAGCCGGCGACGGCUCGGUGCCCCAGCCCCUGGCUACUAACGAGCUCCCCAAGGGCGCGGAGAAACCAGAGCCGGCAGACACCACAGAGGGGUGCAAAUUUGCCAAAGACCUCCCGUCUUUCCUUGUCCCAAGCCCUGCCUACCCGCCUCACAAAGCCGUGGCCCAUGCAGAAACCAUGGCCGCUGCGGACAGUGAGACCACCAGCGGGAGAGGAAAGCCGGACCCCUCGAUGCCUGGCCAGGAGGAAAAAGCCUCACCUUUCGGAAUAAAAUUGAGAAGGACCAACUACUCCUUGCGCUUCCACUGCGACCAACAGACAGAACAGAAGAAGAAGAAAAGGCAUAGCAGCACCGGGGACGGUGCCGAUGGCGGCCCGCCCGCACCAGGGAGCGCAAAAGGAGAGGAGACGGAAGCCGUGGCCCCCAAGCAUGGCCCGGCCCUGCCCGCCGAGAGGAAGCCAGCCCUGUCCGCCUGGAAGGACUCGGCCGCAAGAGCCCACCCUUCUCCCGCGGCCCCGCCGGCCGGCAGCCAGACCCCCGCCGCAGAGCACGACAAGGCGGCCACCAAAGCGCCCCCGGCGCAGAAGCCAGCGCUGGCCCCCAAGCCCGCCGGCCAGACGCCCCCCUCGUCCCCACUCUCCAAACUGAGCAGGCCCUACCUGGUGGAGCUGCUGGCCCGCCGCGCGGGGAAGCUGGACCCGCCCGAGAGCAGUGACCCCCGGCCGCCGUCGCCGCCGCCGCCGCCCGCAGAGCCGAGGCGGGCGCACCAGAGGGAGGAGGAGGAGGAAGUGGUGGAACCGGAGCGCAAACCCGCUUCCCCGGCCCAGCCGGCCGCUCGGCCGGAGAAGCCUUCCCAGACCCCCGAGGCCGCGAGGAAAGAAAAGCCGGUUCUUCAGAGCAGGCACUCUUUAGACGGCUCUAAACUUGCGGAGAAGGUUGAAACUGUGCAGCCGCUGUGGAUAACAUUAGCACUGCAGAAGCAGAAGGGGUUUCGAGAGCAGCAAGCAACUCGCGAGGAGAAGAAGCAAGCCAGGGAGGCCAAACAGGCCGAAAAGCUCGCCAAAGAGAACGUCAGUGUCGGCCCACAGCCCGGAAGCAGCAGCGUGAGCAGGGCGGGGUCCCUGCACAAGCCCACCGCCCAGCCGGAAGAGAAGCAGCCAGAGACAGCAGCGUCCAGGCUUGAGCGCAGAGAACAGCUGAAAAAGGCCAACACCCUUCCUACAUCUGUGACAGUGGAGAUCUCGGAUUCAGCCCCUGCCGCGCCGCUGGUGAAAGAAGUCACAAAGAGGUUCUCAACCCCAGAUGCUGCCCCCGUGUCAACAGAACCAGCCUGGCUGGCUUUGGCCAAAAGGAAAGCCAAGGCCUGGAGCGACUGUCCACAGAUCAUUAAGUAGAGUGACUUUUAUCCACUCCUACUGCCAGUUACUGGCUCUUCUCUUGCCCUUGUUAUUUAUUUUUUAUAUGAGGUAAAGAAACCACGCUAGGGAAAAGCAGCAUGUUUUAUAGGCUCUAAAAUAAUGUUCAGAAACUGAAUCGGUGGCAUUCCCUGUAAAGAGUGUAUUUGCACAAUCCUAGGUCCUGGUGCCUUGAGCUCUUCCUCGUUCUCAAGAGAAAAUUCCAUCCGAGGGACCACGUGAAGCAAAAUCUCCAAACUAAGAACUUUUCACAAGAGCCUACCAUGCCCCUACCACAGCCCUUCCACACAUACACACCCACACACCAUUUAGAACAGGACGUUUGCCAAUCUUUGCUUUUUGAUUCUUCAACUUCUUUUAUCUAGAACAUUUACCCUACCAUAUGUUUGGUGGUUUCUUUCCUUUUCUACAGUAAUGGCGAAAGAAGGGGUCAUACAGACAGAAACAAGAUGCCCGUUCUCCUGAAUGCAUUGAGUAACUGGGAAUCCUAACAGUCUGGCUGCCAACUCUGCCCACGUCUGCUUUUCUGAAUCCUACCUAUCUGAAACUGUAACACAGAAAGUGAAUCUGUUCACACUUCCACCACACUGAUGUCCGACAGGUCCUGUCAUACUGGUACUCUCCUUCAGGACAUGCUAAACAUUUGGCCUAGGUGGCUCCUAGGGAACAUUUCUAUUUAGGAUCAUGAAGAAAGGAAGCCACAGAUUCUCUUCCCAGCUCUGAGAAUCCCCACCUAGUGCAGUGGUUCUUAAGAUGUCCUGGCCCCAUCUUCUGCCUUCCGAAUUCGAUCCUGUGAGUCUGGGCCAGGAAGGUCUAUUCUGGCAAAACUCUUCAGACCAAUUCUGAUACAUCCCAAAGGAGAACCUUGGGGAUACACUGCUUCCAGGGUAAUCUAGCUUUUAAAACUCUGAAGGGGAGGCUCAUUUUACCCAAAGAAGUGAGAGGAAAAAUUAAAAAACCAAUCCACGAAACCAGACAUUUACUACAAGAUAGGGGAGGCUACUGACAUUGAAGGUCUCGAGUAUUCCCUUAGGUCUUUAGGGAAAAUUUAACAGGAAGCCAAGAUUUGGAGCCUUUGUACUAAGGACUUCUGUGGAAAGUUUCUUUACCAUAAUCGAGUAAUUCAUAUUUAGAGUCAAAUGUUCAAUAGCGUUUAUAAUUUUGAGCAUUCACCUUGCUAUCUUUGAAAACAUCUCCGAGUCUUAAGUGGCCUUGCUACUCCAACCGUGUGGUCCAAAGAAGGGACACGGUGAUUCAAAAGCAUGAAGCACAGGCCUCCCAGCCAACCACACAUUGCCAAUACUGACUUUAUAUUUCAUGGUGUUGGCAUAUUCUCCUUUUCUGAGAUUCUGACUCCAUAAUAGAAGUAUACAUCCUUUGCCCAAUGCAUGGGGAACUGCAUUCCUUUUCCCUCUCCUGCAAAAACCCAUCUUAUCAGUAUCCAUCAUCAUUUUCCUCUAUGCGGAGCUCACCUGACAGGUGAUGUAUUGUUGCUUUCCUGCCAUUCACCACAGAGAAGGCAUUUUCUUUUCUGGAAACCAUGGCUCAGCCUCGUGGUUAGCAGUGGCACAUACGGUCACGCGGACGGUUGUACUCCUGCAAGCUGGACUUAGUAUACUGUCUAUAUACUGGACCUUCCAACUGUUAAGAAUCAGUGUAAUAAUUUUCUUUUAUUCCUGUGGGAAGCAAUUAAUACUCCACUGCAUGUUUUCCACACUGAUGUUCAUUCCUAAAUCAAACAUAAAGGCAUUUGUCAGUUUUCAGUGAUUUCAUUACUAACAUAACACACUUUUUAAUGGGAAUCUUUCCACCUAGAGCCCUGGUAUUAUAGUGCUACGAUAAUUCUUCUUAACUUUCUCUUUCAUCCUGUCAGCUCUGGAUAAUACCCCAGUAAGGGUGGAGAACAGGGGAAGCAAUCGGGUCACUGAUGAAGAAUCCUAGAUGAGCCCACUGCUCCUGGCUCACACGGCACCGAGCUCAUGCGAAGUAGGAGAAAAUACCUCAGUUACAAAGUUUCUCUUAAAGUCUGCAAAAGUAAAAGAGGACACU